AUGGCUCCACCCGUUCCAUUCCCGGGCUUCACCCCAAUAUCUGAUCGAGUAUACCUUCGCAAGGGCCACGAGAAGACCAACCCCUCCCCAGCCGACGAACCCACAACGAUCAUCAUUUCCGGCUGGGGCGAUGGCAUGCCAAAACACGUUACCAAAUAUUCGGACGGUUACCAUGAGCUCUAUCCAUCCGCCCGGAUCAUCGUUAUCCUAUCGCGUACCUUCCAGGCCACCCACCAAUCCGAGGACGCCAGAAUCGCAGCCAUGAUGCCUAUCGUGGACACCGUCUUCCCGACGCCAACUGGCAGCGGCAACGAAAAGGAACGCGUUCUUGUGCAUGCCAUGUCAAACACAGGUGCCAUUUUCACGGCCGCCGUCGUUAUCGCCUACCAGAGACGCCAUGGGGCAGACAAGCCAUUCCCCCACCGGCUCCUGGUGCUGGAUUCCACACCGGGAAGUCUGGUCUUCACGUCUCAGGUUGCCCGAUGGUCGCGUGCGAUGACAGUCGGCACCGCCAAGUUCUUCCCUUGGCCCUUCAUUGUCACUCAGGGUAUCUGGUAUGCUUUCCUUUGGGCAAGUCACCUGUGGCAGCUUCUGAGUGGCUCUGAGGCGUCGGGGGUGUGGGCAGAUCGGAUCUUAAAUGAUCAGUCCUGUGUCACGACCGAUUCGAGCCGAGUGUAUCUUUACUCCAAGGAAGAUGAGAUUAUUGGUUACCGGGAUUUAGAGGCGCAUGUCGCUCAUGCGAAGACUUUGGGGUACUCGGUUGAUCUGGAGAUGUUUGAAGGCUCGUCGCAUGUGGGACAUAUGAGGCUUCAUCCUGAGCAGUAUUGGAAUAAGGUUUCCAGCUCUUGGAAGCAGGCUAUCGUAGAGAAAUAA